CCUACAGUACACGUUCACAAAUUCAAUCCUUCUAACUAAAGUGUCAGGACUCCUAGGAAGAAGACUCCGGGCUCCUAGGGCGAAUGGAUGAAAAUUAUAACCUCUUGCCUCAUGGAGUCAAUUUCCAAGAUGCCAUCUUUCCAGAUACGCAAGAGAACAGAAGGAUGUUUUCCAGUCUUUUCCAGUUUGCUAAUUGCUCCCAAGGGCAGCAGCUGGCGACUUUCUCCAGCGACUGGGAGAUCCAGGAAGACAACAGGCUCAUGUGCUCCUCGGUGCAGAAGGCCCUGUUUGAGGAGGAGGACCACGUCAAGAAGCUGCAGCAGAAGGUGGCCACCCUGGAGAAGCGGAACAAGCAGCUCCGUGAGCGGGUGAAGAAGGUCAAGCGGUCUCUGCGGCAGGCGCGCAAGAACAGCCGCCACCUGGAGCUGGUGAACCAGAAACUCAGCGGGAAGCUCCUGGCGGCCGGGGCGCAGCCGCACAUCAACGCCCUGGGGCGGGAGCCCGCGCGCGCCCCCUACCGACGCGGGUAGCAGGUGCAGAGGACUCCAGGCUCUGGCCUGGCCUGGCCUGGCGGGGGGGAAGGAGGAUUUAGCUUCGUGGGUACACUAGUUCAGAUCUCACAGGAGGUAUCUAGGAUGCAUUUGGUGGAGUCUAUCCAGAUAAAAUGACAAGCCUCUCCACCACUCAUCUUUCCUGGCCAAACCCCAAACAAGGUACCUGGAAGUCCACAGGCAGGAGGCCCCGUGAAUGCUGUGUCUAGGGCCUGGCCUUAGUUCUGAGGAAGUGGGGCGUGGCAGGGAGGGUAGCAGUCUGGAAAGUGGGGAGAGAAUAUUCCAGAGCCUAAGUGUAAAAGACAUCAUGGGGCUUAGCUUUGAUUUCCAAAGAAAUUAGUAUGGGUCAAUGCAUCAUGAGGAGUGAGCUGAAAUGAAGUACUGGAACCUUCUGUUGCCUCUGUGCCCCCUUCUUUGGGAGCAGGAUACCAACAGGUGAAAUGUUGGGGGGUGGGGAGGGAGCGGGGGAUGCUUCUGCAUUCAGUGCUUUUCUCCCCACAAAGGCAGGUUAGGAUGUAACAAGCUCAUCACAGGUGAGGGAAUGGAGCUGGGAGUGGGGCCGGUGGUAAUUAAACAAGAUGAAUUAUACCUGCUUUCCACACCGGCUCCCUAGGGCUGCAGGUUGCUUUAAUCUAAAGAGUAAUUGCGUUUAUGGGCCCUCCAUGUUUCAUCAAAAUGCAUGCCCCAAUGGAAAUUUAGCUCAGCCACGGCUAGAUGCUAACUUGGUGCUUGCUCAAUCAUUGCUUCUCACGUCUCUGAGUUCAAAGUCUUGCUGACUUUGAAUGCACUGUGAACUUCUGCAAAGACACCUUCCUCCCCCUUGGGAUGACCUUACCUCAUUCCCAGGCAGGCUCCCAAGAGCUUUAUGCAAAUAUUCCCUUCUCAUCCCCCCAGGUCUGUCUAUACUUUGAAGGUAACACUUGGGCAUUAGUGCCCCUGCCCUUAAAUCAGUUCCUUAGACAAUCAGGCACCUCAUUUCUGUGGGGGAAAGGCUUCUAAAGGCAGUUCCAGUUAAAGAGAAUAUUACUAAGCACUUAAGCAAGUCCCAGCUAGCAGAGUGGUCAUCUCUUGGUUCUCUUUUGGUGAUGAGCCUACAAGACUGCUAUUUCACUAAAAGAAGUCUCUGACCCUAUGUGAUCUGCCAUCCAGAAACCUCCCCAGGACUUCUGACAUUACCCUCACACUGGAAAUGGCCGCUCCUGUCACAUUGCUACUCUUCUACCUUAAGGAAAGCCAGAUACUUUGAACUCCGGCAGUCAGUCUAGGGAGACAGAGCCUGUGUCACUCAAGUCUUGGUGGCAGGUUGCUGCACGGUGGAGAAGUCUACGUGCUGUUCUGCCUGGCAGGGGAUCUUAUGCCCUGAGCAUGAAGCCACCGAGGUUUCCCUUUGUUAAUUGCACUGUUCAUAGUGUGCUAUAAUAGAAGGAACAUUUUUCUAGUUUAUUCUAUCGGGGAACAUUUCAUCAAAGCACUUUGUUUCCACCCAAGGCAAUGGCAGGCCGGGGCGGGGGUAACUGACAGCCAGGGUUGGAUCUCUCCAGACACAUUCUGUUCUGCUUUUCCAAUAAAUAUGAGCAGCUAUU